AUGAAUUUAUCUACCGGAAAGCCUGUGAAGGCAGGUCGCGAUCGUGCCGACUCUGGUUAUAUCAGUCUGCUUUUUGGAUCGUCAAUCGAGCAUUCUACUACUAUAUCUGGCCCCUCCCCUUCCUCUUUAGCCUCCUCUCUCUACAACCAGCAACUUCCGUUUGCCGAUCGUAGUUGUCAAGUUGAGCUCUCGGGUCAUUUGGGUCAUGGCGGUGUCACCUCAUUAGCCUUUGAGUCAUCGGCUAUCCCGCGCCUCUGGGCAGGCACUGACAGUGGCCUCAUACUUUCUUAUCAUUGCUAUCCAAAUAGCGGCCAGAUGAUUCGUCUUUAUCGCAUCAAUCUGGCCAAUGCCUGGUCGCCAGAAGAUGUACUUUGCUUGGCUUCUGCAGGUGCUAUAACCAGUACUCUGGCUACAAUUGUCGCCGAGACAUCUUAUAGGUAUAUCGGUGUACCACCGAGUGCAUGUGAAAUCACAGAUUUUAGUGUUAGUCUUGGUUAUGCAUUGGUGCAUGUUUUCUACGUAGAGAAGCUUCUUUUAUUCAUAAUGGAUGAUAGUUACAGUAAAUGGAACAAUGAACGUAGCAAAUAA